CCUAGGUUAUCUCUCUUAACCUGCCAGCAUCUAAUAUACUUAGGAAGUAACCGUCAAGAUCAAAGACGUGAACAUUGUGGAUAUUAUAAUAUAAAUAAUUAUUAAUGAAUGUAUAACACAAGAUCGCUGACGGAAUUGGUAUUCAGAAAAAACAACUUGAUUCAUUGGCAAAAUAUGAGUAGUAGUGGAGCAAUGAGUAGGCGUGUGGAGAGUUCCAUCAGGAAGAAAUUAGAGUCUGCACUGAAACCGCAACACUUUGAUGUCAUUAAUGAAUCUUAUAUGCACAACGCACCCAAAGGCUCAGAGUCACAUUUCAAAGUUGUAGUUGUAUCUGAGAAAUUUGACAAGCAACCUCUCAUCAAGCGACAUCAGAUGAUAUAUGAUUUACUGCAAACGGAAUUGGAAGAAGAUAUACAUGCCUUGUCUAUAGUAGCAAAAACACCGGAGCAAUGGGAGAACAGUAAUAAAACAGUGGCAGCGAGUCCUGCUUGCAGAGGCGGCUUUGGAAAAUGACACUAUUCAGUAGUGUCUAAUGAUCAGUUAAGAACAAUAAUAAUGUAAGCCGCAAGAAAACAGUGGACAUUAGUUGCGAGUAGAAAAGGUCUUGAGAAUUUGAGAAAUUUCGUGUGACUCGGAGACGACAAGUUGUGCAAACAAUGCUACAACCAAUGCAGCUGUGUAAUGAAUAAUGAAAGUGACAAAAAUAAAAUGAUGCACUAAUGUCAUAAA